CUCCCUCCCUCCUCUCUCUCUCUCUCUCUCUCUCUCUCGUCAAAAACCUUACAAAACAUUAAAAAAAAAAAACUGGGUUUUUGGUGUUGAAAUUCGGAGGAAAAGCUUCAUAAGUCCCCAUUAAUGGAGGGACAAAGAAGAGCAUCAAAACCCAUUUAAUUGUUAUUGAAAAGUGUAUAUAUUUAGUGAGAUAUUUUAGGUGCUCUAAGAUUUACAGAGGAGUUUUUGGGAAUGGGUCAGAAGCUUAGUUGCAGGGUCAGUCCAGAGCAUGUUCUCUUCACUGCUUCACAACAAGGGGAUGUGGAGAUGGUUGAGGCUCUUUUAGAGAGAGAUCCAUCCCUUCUUUCUCAGACCACAGUCUAUGAUAAGCUCUCUGCUCUUCAUAUUGCAGCUGCAUGUGGUCAGAUCCAGGUUCUUUCUCUGAUACUGGAUCGAUCGGUUCAUCCUGAUCUUCUUAAUCGUCAUAAGCAGACGCCACUGAUGCUGGCAGCAAUGCAUGGGAAGAUUGAAUGUGUGCAGAGGCUCCUUCAAGCUGGUGCAAAUGUUUUGAUGUUUGAUUCAAUUCAUGGGCGCACCUGCCUACACUACGCAGCCUAUUUUGGCCAUUCGGAUUGCCUGCAAGCAGUUCUCUCUGCUGCCCAUUCCACUCCUGUGGCAGAUUCUUGGGGUUUUGCGAGGUUUGUGAAUGUUCGGGAUGGUAAGGGAGCAACUCCGUUGCACUUGGCAGCGAGGGCGAGACAUCCUGAGUGUGUCCAUAUGCUUUUGGACAAUGGAGGUCUUGUUUGUGCUUCAACUAGUGGCUUUGGGUGUCCAGGGAGCACUCCUUUGCACUUAGCAGCAAGAGGGGGCAGUUUGGAUUGUGUUAGAGAAUUGCUUGCUUGGGGUUCAGAUCGGCUCCAUAGGGAUUCGUCUGGGAGGAUACCAUAUAUGGUGGCAUUGAAACAUGGCCAUGGAGCAUGUGCAGCCCUGUUAAAUCCCACAUCAGCGGAGCCACUGGUUUGGCCAUCCCCAUUAAAGUUCUUUUCUGAACUUAACCCAGAGGCAAAAGCCUUACUAGAGGAAGCUCUAAUGGAGGCAAACAGAGCUAGAGAGAAAGACAUCUUGAAGGGAACAGCUUAUUCAUCCCCAUCUCCUGAACAUACUGAUGAGAAUCUUGAAGAUGAUACAUCUGAGGGGGAGGCAGAAUUGUGUUGCAUAUGCUUCGACCAGGUGUGCACAAUCGAGGUGAGAGAUUGCGGGCACCAAAUGUGUGCCCAUUGCACGCUUGCACUCUGCUGCCACAACAAACCAAACCCCUCCUCCUCCACCACCCACUUUCCCACCCCUGUCUGCCCCUUCUGUCGGUCCAACAUAGCCCAGCUCAUUGUCGCAAGAGCCACAAAAAUAACAGAGGAUCCCUCAAAGCUCAGGAGAUCCUUUAGAAGGUCACGGAACUUUAGCGAGGGGAGCAGCAGCUUAAAGGGGCUGUCAUCAGCAAUGGGAUCAUUUGGGAAGAUGGGCAAAGGUUCCGGAAGGAUUGUGGAUGGUGGGGAUUGGACCAACAAGCCUUGACAUAUGGCGGUCUAUAGUUCGACAGGGCUGAAAAAGAAUGAAGAUAGAAGCAAAUUACUUCAGAGGUUGGGAAUGGAGUGGGAAGAGAUUUUUCUUUAGUUUGUGCAGAUUAGUGCGGUUCUUGGGAUCUAUGGAAUUGUGUGGGUUCUAAGCCUUCAUGUAGGUGAGAGCUGAAAUGUGUAUGUUGUUUUACUCAAUUACGUCGGGAAUCCGGUGUUGUUUUGUUCAAGGCAAUUUCUUGGAAUUUUGUUGGGUUUCACUUGAAAUUCAGAUGUUUUUUGGGGUUAUAUCGGCACUUGGAUGCAGUUAAAGUGAAAAUAAUUACGCAUUCUAAUCA